AAAUGAACCAAAUCCCAUUAGAUCCUCCAUCCGUUAAUGUUUCCACUGGUACCCAAAGAGUUGCCACACCAAUUUCUCAUCCUGUUGAAUCAGUGCUCAGGAAGUAUGAAAAAGAUGAAUUGAAGAGACAAUACUUUAUUAUGGCUAGAAACUUCGGAAGUCAUAUGCCUAUGCAUAUGGAGAUGCAAAAAAAGAUAUUCGGUGCUUCUUUAAGAUUGCCAUCACUUCAAUCAAACAAAGUUGGCUUGAGUGUAUUAAUGGGAGACGAUGAAAAUAUUGAAUUUGAGGAUUUCUUGUGCGAUCCAACAAUGUCAGAAAGCUUGCCAUCAGACGAUGCUCACGCAUCAGCUGAAAAGGCUUUUGGUAUUAAUGUUAAUUUCCACCGAGUUUAAAUUAAUCAAACUUUUUUUGGAUUGGAGGUUUGAAUACAACAACAACAACGUCAUCAUCAUUUCAAUUCAAACUGUACAUUGUAAGCUAGCUAACUCCAAAUAGCAUGUAAAAAAACUAAAAUAUUUAAUAUUCUCAA